AUGGCAGACAAAGACGGCUCCGACUAUGAGAACCAGCCGCACGAGCGGUCGACGAUGCAGCAGGAGAAGGCUGUGAACGUGUCGAAGAAGAACAAGCGCGAAGCCGGCCUCCAAUCCGCGCGAUCGCGGUCCUCAUCGCGCCGCGCCCGCCGCCAACGCAUCGAAGAAGACAAGAAGAAUGGAAAGUACAUGCACACGGCCUCUCUCGAGGCCCUCGAAGAAGCCGACGCAAACGGCGAUCUCCAAAAGAUGGGCAUGUUCGAGCGUAUCGGCCCGGACAGCACAUCCAUGGACGGUCCCGUCACAUAUGCGCGCGCAAUGCGAGGCGAGAUCCCACUGCGCAGCACCCACCCCGACGAGCCGUACCGCAUGGAGCCACAACAAAAGGGCAGCGAGUUGAAAGACCAGGAUGGAUUGAAGUUGACGCUGGAGGCGAAUUUGGAAAUUGAGAUUGAACUCAAAGCGAGUAUUCGUGGUGAUUUGACGUUGAGCUUGUAG